AUGGAGAACGUUCCGCCGCUGGAAGCGGAGCUGGAGCAGCAGUGGUUGCUCAACACCUCCCUCAACGAGUCCUUCUCGAACCAGUUCGUGCAGCCGCCGUGGCAGGUUGCCCUGUGGGCCGUCGCCUAUGCCCUCAUCGUGGUGGUGUCGGUGGUGGGGAACGUGGUGGUGAUGUGGAUCAUCCUGGCUCACAAAAGGAUGCGAACCGUCACUAACUACUUCUUGGUGAACCUGGCGUUCGCCGAAGCCUCCAUGUCGGCUUUCAACACGGUGGUGAACUUCACCUACGCUGUCCACAACGAGUGGUACUACGGGCUGCUCUACUGCAAGUUUCACAACUUCUUCCCCAUCGCCGCCGUCUUCGCCAGCAUCUACUCCAUGACAGCCAUCGCCCUGGACAGGUACAUGGCAAUCAUCCACCCGCUGCAACCCCGGCUCUCGGCCACCGCCACCAAGGUUGUCAUCGGUGUCAUCUGGGUCCUGGCGUUCCUGCUGGCGUCCCCUCAGGGUUACUACUCGGUGACGGAGGAGCUGCCGGGCCGGCUGGUGUGUCUGGUGGAGUGGCCGGAGCACAGUGAGAACGUGUACGGAAAAACGUAUCACUUCUGCAUGACCAUCCUGAUUUACUUCUUGCCACUCCUGGUGAUUGGAUGUGCCUACACCGUAGUCGGCAUCACCCUUUGGGCGAGCGAGAUACCAGGUGACUCCUCCGACCGCUACCAUGAGCAGGUCUCAGCCAAGCGGAAGGUGGUGAAGAUGAUGAUCAUCGUGGUGUGCACGUUCGCACUGUGCUGGCUGCCCUACCACAUCUACUUCACCCUGCAGUAUUUCAACCCUGAGUGGUACCUGCAGAAGUUUAUCCAGCAGGUCUACCUUGCCGUCAUGUGGUUGGCCAUGAGCUCCACCAUGUACAACCCCAUCAUCUACUGCUGCCUCAAUGACAGGUUUCGUGUGGGGUUCAAACACGCGUUUCGAUGGUGCCCGUUCAUCAGCGCUGGUGAGUACGAGGGCCUGGAAAUGAAGUCGGCCAGAUACCUGCAGACACAGAGCAGCAUGUACAAGGUCAGCCGGAUCGAGACCACCGUGUCCUCGGCGGUCGGUGCAGCCGAAGAAGAGCUGGAGGAGAGCAGUAAGGCCAAGCGUCUCUCUGUGGACAUGACCUCCAACGGUUCCUCCCGCAGCGACUCCAAAACGGUCUCCGAAAGCUUCAGCUUCUACUCCAACACACUCACCUAAGCUCCGUCGGCUGCUCACGAAGGUGCCACCAUCCUCAGAAAGCUCCAGCGCUCAACCCACUCAGUCUCAUCACUCCAGUCUGUGAUGUGCUGGCUUUUUUCUGUGCUGUUUUACCAUCUCUCGCUGUGCCGCUCGCUCACCGUCCUUGGGAUUAGUUUCAUGUGCUCCACAGUGGCUCGUGUCCCAACACAAGUGAGGUUUGGUUGGUCUCUGCCAUGCUCACUGCCUGUUCAGCCCAGGAUACAAUGGAAAACUGGGACAGAGUUGCAUUUCUCUCCUAAACUGUGAAUACAACAUUGGCAGGCGCUUCCCUGCUCUCUGCAAGGAUCUCCCAGUCCAUCCCACCUCCCAGGGAAAUGAACCAGUCUUGCACUUCCCUCCUCCCACCUUUAAUUCCAUUUUACCUGUCGCUCUUGGUUGAACAUCCAGAGGGAUAUCCAGUUCAAAAAAAUCCAGAAAAAUCGAUGUUUUCAGCUUCAGGAGCUUCAAUUUCUGCCCAGUCCCAGCUCAUCCCCAGCACCCCAGCAUCUCCGCACAAUGGUUUUCUGCUGCUGCUCCACAACCCAGCUCACCUAAAACCAGGAUUUCUGAACUGAGCCAGACUUCGGUUGCCAUUAAUUAACCAUCCAUGCCAAAAGCGACCACUGUGAUUUCCUAAACUGCCCAAGGUGACAUCUCUGCAAUAGGUUUUGGAAGCCUGCGGAGGUCUGGAAAAGAGAGUGACCGCACUGAAAUGUUUUUCACAACCUGGAGAUGUCUGGAGCUGUGCAGACAGGAUUCCGUCAGAAAAAGUUCUGCUAGCUUGCUAAGUUUGAAGGGAAAAAAGAAUUUUGCAGACAUUUUGAUCUCAGAGGAAGGGUUGAAAUUAUUCACUUCCACUUUCUGGAUUUUGUUUUAAUCAGGGAAACUUUUUUUCUUUUCUAACCCGCUGCCUUUUGCAUAAAACAUCACGUUUAUUAUAUGUACAUGGAUAUAUCUACUCUUUUUGCCCUGUUACAGUGGAUAAUUUUCACUGGAGCUGUUCAUCCCAAGGGCUUCGUUGGUCAGCAAAUGUAUGAACAUACACUCAGAGGAGUGUAAAUAAAAUAAGAAGAGGGGAAACUUGGCUUGUUGGGAACAAACCUACACGUUGGGGGGCACUUUGGGGGUGGUUUAUCAAUUGUUCCUUGCUGCUGGUCCUUUCUCUCCCCUUCUGGUGUAGAAAUCAGACUCCUAAAAUGGAUUCACUGCAAGAUACAAACGCUGGAGGGUUGCAUGACAAGAUUUACAUAGAGCAAGGAAACAGCUCAUUUUUUUUAAAGCAGCCAAACAUCAGACCCUGCUGAGCACAAAACAGUUUCUGCAAAUAAAACAGAGAUGACUUUUGGAGCUUUUUGACUAUUCAGCCUCCAAAUUAGCUGUUGGAAGAUCCAGAAUACACUAUUUUUUUCCUGCUUAAGCUUCCACUUCUCAUCGUUUUUGUCGCCUUAAGACGUUUUCUCCCUUGGAGAAGGGGGAACACAACGAGCCUGCCUGGGGAUUUGGGUUUGUACAAAAUCACCAGCUCCAGGUGCCGAUGGAAAGAAUGGGCGAUAUCAAAGGGUUUAUUUAACCCAAGGGUUGGACUAAGAAACUUGUCCCAACGACUCCGCAGGAGCUGUGCUGCCAAUACACAAGAAGGUGCUACAAACCAGAGCCAAAUUGAUUCACUCCGAGCUGCCAAACCAAAUUCAACAUUAAAAUGAAACUCCAUGUCUCAAAAUGGUCUAGAAAGCUGAAUAAGGCAAGAAAAGAUCUGCUCCACACACCCCACGCACAACAGUUUGUGUCAGGUUGUGAGUCUAACAGAAGUCAGCAUUAAGAAAAUAAAUAUGUCUAUGUGUGUGUACAUAUAUAUAACCAUGCUGCCUUUUUGUCCUCCGUGUUUUAUGCCCUAAAGACACUGCAAUUGUGAGACGUGCAGAGAAAAGACAACUGUCUUCUCGCAAGCAAUCAUAGGAUCACAGAAUCAUUUCAGUUGGAACAGACCCUCAGGAUCACGGAGUCCAAUGCUCAGCUUGAACCAUGGGAUAAGCCCCAGGGUGUGCACGGAGACCUCAAUUCAAACCGACAAUUUACAGCCUGAAAUGUUUCUUGUGCAUCUCAUAGAGAGCUCUCUCCUGAAAUAAAGUGAGGAAAAUUCCCACCUGUUACAAAUAGUAACAACCACAGCUGAUGGGAACAUGUCAAAGGAUCAUUCAACAGAUGGAGACUGAUGCAGAAAAAACAAAAUAUUCUGUGUAAAUGGGCACAAUACCCCCAAACCUGCAUUUUCCUUCCCCUAAUCCAAGUGCCAAGUUAUUUUAUCACUGGAAGCUGGAACAGGGAUGAGGCUUUUUCACAUUUAAGAUCUAGGCCAACCCCCAAGACGGGAUGUUUGAGUCAGGUCCGUGUCCACCCACGACACGCAUCGGGCAACACGAGCUGAUGUCACCCCCCUAGGGACACACUGUGCAUGCAAAACCCACAGAGAAGGUUUUCUUUUGAAGACUGAAAAGCCCCAAAACAUGACAUCCCUCACACAGCUUGGGGAUGGGACAUCUAACGAGGUGCUGAGUCCCAUCUCCACACUAUUCCUAGUUCCCAGCUGUAAUACUGAGUUUUUUUCUGGUUUGUUAAGCCUGUUUGCAGACCUCUGCUUAGAAAUUCAAUUGCGAAGUGGGACGGCUUCUUUGCCUCUUUCCUGGCUCUCUGAAAAGCAAAAAAUAGCAUGUGGAGAGAAUCCCUGGGCAGGUCCACACACAUCCCUUCACCCAGAUAUUAAUAACUCCCACCAUCAUUAAGGCAACCUGCCUAAGCCUAAUUACAACACACUCUAAACCCAAAUCAUGAAGGGAGCUCGGAAACCCAAAGCCCAGCCUGAAGCCACAUCAAAAAAAAAAAACAAAACAACAACAAAAAAAAACCCAGAAGGCCAAGCAAAAUUCUGCUUGCCAGAAAAACGAGGCAGCUUUGCAGAUGUGGAAGUCAAAAGCAAAGCAGCCGGUACCAGUUCCUACUGUCUGUAGUGCCUGGGACGGGAUUGCUGACAGACACACAAAAGGCUGCCCGCUUGCUGCUUAUCUUUAUUGUUAUUUUUAUCUUGCUGCCCCAGCCAAGCGCACCAACGAGUACAGACGCAGAGUAUCCGCUAUUUACCGCAUAUUUCUGCAGGGCUGACAGGUUUUUAUUUUUAGCUUUGCCGUGUCCCAGCCAGAACCGUGCCCAGCCCAAAAACUCCAAGUUAAAAUAAUAAUUAAAAAAAAAAAAAAAACACACAAACAUCUCUCAGGCUUCAGGUAUCUGUUAAUAAUCUACAGAAUGCACCAUUCUGCCUCAAAAAACCUGUCUCCAGCUGAAUCAUUAAGCCAGCGGUUAUAAUGCAAAGUUUAACACACAAAUAGGCUCUUUUUCCAUGGUGUGUCCACCCAAAAUACCAUCUCUGCUGGCAACUAAACCGCACCCAGCAGUCAAACGCAGCAGUCACACUAUCUCAGAGAAGGGACAGUGAGUCCCAAGAGCAGCUGAGAGACGAACCUCGGGUGUCUCUGCCUUCAAACUUUCCAUCCCAGACAAAAAGGCUCCAGAUUCUGUGCAACACGAUACAGUAGGGGCCAUAAGUCUGGGUUUGGUAUUCGGUGCGUGGGGCAGCUGGUGGGAGCUUUGUGUGAAGUUCUUCCCAUAGUAGCAUGUCUGCAGAGGAAAAAAGUCCAACCCUCGUCCCCCAAAAUGGUCUCUCUGAUUGUCCGGUUUGUCUAAACGGAUUUUUGGAAAUAAAUGUUUCUUUUGUGA